UGUUCCCACUCUUUUAGAUUUUUACAACACAGAAGAGUGGAAAAAUGAUGACUGCAUUUAUGAGGAACCUGAAGAGGGAUUUUGUACAAGAAUAAUACAAUUGUUACACAAAACUAAUGCUGUUACCCUUGUUGGUCCACCAGGAGUUGGGAAAACAUUCACAGCGCGGCACAUUGCAUUAAAAAUGAAGGAAGUGGAAAAUGAAUGGAAUAUAUGCCAGAUUUCCAAUAUGGAGGAACUGUUGAUUGAGGACAAGUUGCCAAACUCUGUGCAAAGAUUAAUUAUCUUUGAUCAUCCAUUUGGAAAAACUAGUGUAAAUAUUUUGAAUCUUGUGUACUUUCUUCUGCACAAAAACAAUUUUUGCCAAUUGGAAGGGAAAACAAAGGUGAUCAUGACUUGCAGAUCUAAUAUAUUUGAAGAAAUUAUCGCGUUUCCCAUUGAUGUUUUGAAGAAUGUAAUUUACAUGACCAAAACUUACCUUGGAAAAUCACCAGGAUUACUAAAAGAAAUUAAUGAGGCAGUAAACGUUCAGUCUGGUCUAACACAGAAUGAUGAUGACGGUGAGAAUGAAUACUUACCGAGACUUUGUAAUCAUAUUGGGGCCUACUUCAGUGAAAGUCAAAAUCAUGUGUAUGAUUUCUACACUUUGAUUUUGUUAGCACGGCAAGAAAAUUUAAUUUUGAAAAAGUCUUUACUAAAUGCACAAAAAAAUAUAUCUCAAGUCCUUGAAAUCAAUAUUCCAGAAAAAACUUUUAGUGAAGGAAUAAAAUCAGCAAUUAAAAAAUCUAAAUACUUGAGACGCAAAAGAAUUGGAGAUAAUACUGUGUGUUUUUGCGAACAAGAGUGCAUUUUAGAUGCAUUCAUUUGCCAUUUGUUGAAAAAGGAUCCACAAUUAUUUCUUAAAUGUGCUGGCAAUAAGGUAAUCUGUAGUCAUGUCUGUCCAUUUAGUGCCAGUGAUGAUGAAUGUUGGAGACUACCUGACACAGAACAGUUUCAAACGCUCAGCAAACGUUUGCAUGAAUAUUUAACAUCAGAUGACAUGUGUUCCAUGUCAAACGUUAUCAAGGUGCCUUAUUGGAAGAAUGAUGAGUUUAUCAAUGUUUUCAUAGAUGUACUUUCACAGGAUAGAAUGACAGACAUUUUGUAUUGCAGUAAAAGGUACCCAAUAUUUAAUGGCAGACGUAAUUCAGUUGUAAAUGAAAAUUCCAACAAAACGAAUGAGCAGUGUGCUUAUAUUUGGAAUGAAACAGAAUUGCUACGUUUUGAACUUCUGUUUACUGGACAAUCAGACCCAUGUUCCAAUGGUUUUACAGUACUUUCAACGCAUUUUGUAUACUGGACUAUUUCUUAUGGCAGAUAUGAAGCUAUUGACCAAAUACUGAGACUUGCUAUAAAACAAAACAGCAACCAAGCAGACGUUAAUCGUUGCAUUUUGCUUGCUUGCUUCAGAAGUGUUGACAUUUUAAAAAUAGUUCUAGAACAUCUUAAAACAGAAGACCUGACAAAUGUACGCUUCUCAAAAUCAAAGGCAUUGUUCUUCAAUGAGCAAGCUACUAUUUUACCAUUGCAUGUUGCCAUUGCUAAGGAAAAUUUAGACUUGGUCAAUGUUUUAGUAGAAAAAAAAGUCCUUGUAAAUGAAUGUGACCAUAAGAAUAGAUCUGCUCUGCUGGUAGCUAUGGAAAAAAAUUAUACCGAUAUCGCUGAAACGUUACUGAAAAUUGAGGGAUUGGAUGUCAAUACCCAUGACAUUAGAAACAGACACCCUUUACAUUUGGCCACAAUGAAAGGUGACGAAAACUUUGUCAAAAUACUUUUAGAUAAGAAAGCAAAGGUUGAUUGUGUUGAUGAGAACGACGUUACUCCAUUGAAUACGGCCUCUACUUUUGGAUUCAAAGAUAUAACAGAAAUGCUUUUAAAAGGAGGUGCAAAAUUGAAUAAAUUUGAUAACAACGAAAAAUCUCCUUUGAUUAAUGCUUUAGAAAAUGGACAUAUUGAUGUUAUUGGACUGUUGAUGCAAAAAUUAAACCAAAAAUCCAUGGAUUUAAACCACAGUGAUGUUGAUGGAAGAACUCCUCUUUUUGUAGCUGUUGACAAAUGUUACUUUGAAACAACAAAAAGACUUGUGAAACUAGGAGCAGAUGUAAAUGUGUUUGAUAGUCAGGAGAGAACACCCUUGUAUUUGGCAGCAGAACACAACUCACUUGAACUUGUAAAAUAUUUAAUCGAAAAAGGAAGCCAGUCCUUGGUAAACAAAGGAGAUGAAAACCAUAAAACACCUUUACACGUGGCUAUAGAAAAGAAUAACUUGGAAAUGGUUGAUCACCUGGUGAAAUAUGGAGCAGAUGUGAAUUCUUGUGAUGAUGACAACAAGACACCAUUACAUGUGGCUAUUGAGAAUUUCCAAAACAGUGAAAUAUUAGAAUAUUUACUGAGAAGGGGUGCUAGAGUCGACAUACCUGGAAAUCAACGAAUUCAAUCUCCUUUAUUUUUAGCAAUAACAAUGAAAAACACUGAAGCCUUUGAUGUUUUAGCAAGAAGCAAAGCUGAUUUGAACAAGAUGGAUGACAAAAGGAGAAGUUUAUUGUGCUAUGCUGUAGAAAGUAACGAGGAAAGGAUAGUCAGAAUCUUACUUCACAAGAAAGUAGAGGUCAACACAGCUGACGAACCUAACAAAAUGACACCUUUGCAUUAUGCAGCUGAUAAGAAUCUCUACGAUAUUGUGAAACUUCUAGUCAAAGAGCAUGCUAAUAUAAAUGCAACUGAUAGUUGUGGACGAACCCCUCUUCACAUUGCAUCGAGAAAUGGAAAUUUUGAAAUAGUUGAACAUUUGGUUCGAAAUGGAGCAGAUGUUAAUAAAGCGGACUUUGCAGGUGAUGGUCCCUGGGAAUAUGCCUUUGAAAAGCAUAGAAAAGAGAUUAUGAUGUAUCUUGCAAAAAGGGGAGCCCAUCUAAGAACUGAAAAAACUUAACUUAAUA